AAAAUGUCACUUUUAAUUGGUAAUAACAUCAUUCGAAUGUUAAAUUUGCUUCCGUCAGAGAAGCGAAUUUUCAAGCGUCGUCCUCCGGGGACAAUUUUCCUCCCAUUGCUGCUGCUGCUUCAAAUUUUGUCGCCAUGCUCGGCGGUUUUUGUGGAAAAAGAUGCGCGUCUCAUGCGAACACGUGGCGACAUAAUUUUGGGCGGAAUUUUCCCGAUGCACGAACACAAUCCCGAUAAUCCCGAUUAUCCGUGCGGCAAAGUCAAGGAGGAAAAGGGCAUUCAACGUCUAGAGGCGAUGUUGUUUGCCAUUGAUUCCAUCAACAAUGAUGAUACCUUGUUGCCGAAUGUAACGUUAGGUGCCCUCAUUAUCGACUCGUGCAGCAGCGACACAUACGCGUUGGAGCAAUCGAUGGAGUUUGUGCGGUAUUACAUGAACCAGGAUAUGUCAGAGUACAAAUGCGAGAACGGCAAAGCACCAACUUUUGUGAAGCACAAGCCAGUAGCCGGCGUAAUUGGUGCAUCAUUUAGCGUUGUUUCAAUUAUGGUUGCAAACAUUUUACGGCUAUUUAAGAUUCCACAAAUUAGUUACGCCUCAACAAGCACUGAGUUGUCAGACAAAUCACGUUUCGAGUAUUUCAGUCGAGUUGUUCCGCCGGAUAAUUUCCAAGCCCAAGCAAUGGCGGACUUAGUGAAGCAGCUAAAUUGGCGGUACGCGAGCACGUUAGCGGUUGAAGGAGAAUACGGCGAAAAGGGAAUUUCUUCCUUCAUAUCGAUAGCAGCCAAUCUUGGCAUUUGCAUAGCUGUUUCGGAAAAAGUCUCGCGAAAUGCAAAGGCGGAUGACUUUGAUCGUAUUAUCGAACAUUUGAGUUCGAAGCCGCAAGCAAGAGUUGUUGUUAUGUUUGUCGACGAAGAUAAUGUGAGAAAAUUGCUGCAGGCAAGCAUCAAAGCAAACAAAACCAAUCACUUUAUAUGGGUGGCUAGCGAUUCAUGGGGAGCAAAAGUUUAUCCGGUACGUGAUCAGGAGUUUGCGGCUGUCAAUGCAAUCACGGUGCUGCCACAUCGUACCAAUUUAGACGACUUUGACCGCUAUUAUAAAUCACUUCGGCCUCGUUUGAAACAAAAGGAUGAACAGUGCAAUAAUACUGGCUCCAAUUAUUUCAUGCCGCAACAACAACAACAUGCCGAUGACGAACUGAUUGUAAACUGUCGAAACAUUUGGUUUCGCGAAUUUUGGAGUCAGCACAACAAAUGUGAUUUUGAUAAAACCGCAAACGGUGCCACAGUAAAUGCAAAAACGUCGACUCACUGCGAUGGAACGGAACAAAUACAAUUUGAGCAGGAAGGAUUGGUGCCAUUUGUGGUGGAUGCUGUUUAUGCAAUUGCACAUGCCAUUGACAACAUGAUAAAGGAAAAGUGCAAAGACAUUCCGUUCCACGAAUGCGAGGACAUUCAACCGUCUCCCAUGGGGUAUGAGUUGCUGCGACAUAUUCACAAUGUUUCGUUCGUGGGACGACAAAAUACUUCGAUAAGAUUCAAUAAGGACGGCGAUGCUUAUGGAUUUUACAACAUUUAUCAGUAUCAAUAUCUCGAAGACAAGCAAAAGUAUGAUUAUGUUCCGAUUGGAACGUGGAAAGAGCGAUUAGACCUGCAAGCGGAGAACUUGCGAUGGGACACGGGCGAGAUGCCGCGUUCCAUUUGCAGUGAUCCGUGUCCCGUUGGGCAUGUACGCAACUAUCAGGAUCAGUGUUGCUGGUCUUGCGUCAAGUGUCGCGAAGAUGCCUACGUGCACAAUGACACGUGCAUGGUUUGUGAUCCGGGAUGGGCGCCCAACUUCCUGAAAAAUGGCUGUGAUAAAUUAACGCCCGAAGUUAUCGAUUGGCUGAGUCCGUGGGCACUCGUGCCAAUUAUUUUCUCGAGUAUCGGGAUUUUGUUCACACUUUUCACUACAUUAGUUUUUAUCAAAUACAAUCGCACUCCCGUGAUCAUGGCAUCGGGUCGCGAGCUCUGCUACGUCCUCUUGAGCGGCAUCCUCAGUUGCUAUGCCAUGAGUUUCAUCAUUCUCGCAAGACCCACUGUCAAACAUUGCGCCAUCUUGCGUAUUGGCUUAGGUAUCAGUCUCAGCAUUUGCUACAGCGCCAUCUUUACCAAAACAAAUCGCAUUUCGCGCAUUUUCAAUCGCGGCGUCAAAAGUGUCCAACGUCCCAUUUACACCUCGCCAUUAUCGCAAAUUGCAAUCUCAUUCGGAAUUGUUUCCAUUCAGUUAAUCGGAACAAUUGGCUGGUUGGUUUACGAGAAGCCAGACAUAAAGGAAAUUCAUCCGUAUCCAUUGACGGCGGUGCUCACAUGUCGCGUAUCGACAUUCUCCCUGAUGAUGUCACUCAUCUACAACAUAAUUCUCAUUGUUCUGUGCACGCUGUAUGCGUUCAAAACACGUAAAAUUCCCGAGAAUUUUAACGAAGCAAAGUAUAUUGGAUUUACAAUGUACUCGACAUGCAUCGUGUGGCUGGCCUUUAUACCGAUUUACUUUGGCACGAAUAAUGAUUAUAAGAUUCAAAUUUCAAGCUUGUGCAUGUGCUUGAACAUAAGCGCCUCCGUGGAACUCGGUUGCCUUUUCCUACCAAAAGUCUACCUUGUCAUCUUUCAGCCUUAUAAAAAUGUGCGACCCGGUACAAAUGGCAAUCAGUUGGGCCCAUCAGAUCGCCCUAUUCACAGUAUGCGCUUCGCUCCCCCGAAAUCUCAAACAAUGCAAUCAAUGACUUCCGUCUCCAAGUCGGCAAGCAGCCCGAAAACCAUGCAACGCAGCAUCACCGACGACCAAAUUUCCGUCAUUACGCCAAGUGUCGAAGAACGAAGCAGCGUAUCAUGA